UAGCCAACACAGGGCUCUGUGUCCUCUGCUGUAAAUAUUGGGGAACCUUUGAACCACUCCCCCUGUUACUGAGAGUAGGCUACUCCUGGCUACAGCUGGCCCACCACCAUGGCCACGUCUCCCGUCAAAGACUUCCUGGUCACCUAUAUAAUGCCAGAAAAAUGUUAUGAGAGGAUUUUCGUCAGCUUUUACAUAAACGUGCCUUGCCUAACGUUUAUAAUGAACAGAGCUGUCGGAUUAUGGAUCUUACUGGACACUUUCCUGGCACAGCUACUUCAGCUGUUGAAGAUACUGUGGAGAAGAAGUGCAGAUGGCCUGAGUCUGAUCUCUGUGCUGCUGCAACUAUAUGCUUUCUCAUGUCCUGUUGUGUAUGCCAUGGCCAACAACUUCCCACUCUUUGCCUGGGGUGAGAGGCUCUUCGCCUUGGCCCAGACCGCAGCGAUUGUCUUCCUCAUCCUGCAUUAUCGUGGUGAAACCCUAAAAGGUAUGUUGUUCCUCUUGGCUUAUGGGUGUCUAAUGUUCCUUCUGGGCUCCUACGCAGCAGCAGCAGCUGUCUCAGUAAUGCAGACCUCAAGUUUGGCAGCUUUAAUUGCAAGCAAGGUUCUCCAGGCUGGAACCAACUACUGUAACGGCCACACAGGCCAACUGUCCACUCUGUCUGUGUUACUAUCGUGGGCAGCGUCUCUGGGUGUUAUCUUUGUGUCUCUGCAGGAGACAGGAAGCUCGUUUGCCACUCUGUCACACACAGUGUCAGCCUGUCUCAGCGGGGUCCUCCUGGCCCAGGUCCUCUGCUACAGGAGCAGCAUCACCACCUCUAGAAAGAAGAACGAGUAGAGGUGGAGGAUGGUGACAAAUGAACACUCAAUAUGCUGAUCCUUCCUGUAAUUCUAGGUAUAGCAGGAAAUGUUUACAAUGUCUUUUCUAUAAGUAUGCCGGUGUUCUACACUCAGAUCUACUUGUGUGUCUGUGUAAACAAGAACUCUCUUUGUCAUGCUAUUUAAUCAUUUUAGACAUGUUAUUUCUGUAGUUAGUUUCCCAUUAGUGUGAGUGUGAGGGAAUAAAAAAUGUAUUGUCGCUCUCCAGUGAUUGAAAUAAGAUGACUUUUCUCUCAGGGGUAACACAGCUUUCAAUGGUAUCUGCAGGUAACAGUCAGUUGUUGAGUGUAUUUGGGUUAACUGCUUUCAAUUCAAGGACAAACUGACAGAGCAUCUACAAGAAUUCUUCCUCAAAUUUCACAAGUCUGAGUAAUUCCUAACAUCAGGGAAGAGGUGCAGUCAUGCAGCAGACAUGAACAAACAUACAACCUUUCGUCAGAUCAGGUCAUUUCACUGAUUAUUUCCUCCUCUGUGGGUGAUGGAACAUUCUGAUGAUGAUUCAUGCCGUGUUGCGUCUGAUUUACUGUUGCUGUAGUUCUACUCAAACAGUUCCAAGCAUCAAACAGCUUCAGGAAAUGGGAUAUUCUUGAGGUGAGAUUACCCAACACCUUACAGUAAACUGGAAGCUGGAAGUUAAGUGAUUUGCUUGAGGGGGUUUUCAGAAAUGAAUGUCAAUAAUUUCCUUGUUAAGAUGUCAGACCAAACUGAUCAACAUUUUGGACAAUGACUGUCAUCCACUCCACCACACUUUCACAAAGCAGAAGAGCAUGAUCAGCUGAAGACUACGCACACUGCCAUGCACAACUGACAGACUGAGAAAGUCAUUUGUCCCCAGGGCCAUACAACUCUACAAUGCUUCACAAAAGUUCAAAAAAAUCAGAGCUGUUCAA